GUUCGGUCUCACUUUUACUUGAAACCGCAAAUUUCAAAAUGGCGCGGAGCGAUUCGAGAUCCCCUAUUGACACGAUGGAGGAACUUAUUGAAUUCUUUGAUAGUCAGAGCUCUUCACAUGAUAACCUGAAUGCCAGCUUUGUUGAUGGUUUACUCAACCCACCUUCAGGAUAUGUAUCCCAGAUGAGAGUUCAUGGCACACCACUGCUGCCACCUCUUAUGACCAAGAAACGAAAAGAGGAAUGUCUGACAUAUCGCCAUCAGGCAGUAUUGGCGGAGACCCGGCUCAGGGCACGAAAGAAGGAUGAACUCUUAGCAAAAGUACAAGAAGCAUUAGAGAGUGUAACGAAUCCCCACUCCAAAGAAAGUAUCUUCCGAGACAUGAGGGGUCAAAUCUCAGUGAGCAGUGCCAUGGAUUUCGACGAGGGUAUUGUGCGCCCAGAUAACAUUACAUCAGCACUUUCACCAGAUCGUGAGAGGGAGGCACCGUCAAUGAAAUUCAGCGAGACUCUUACUAGUACUAUUUCAGACUUUGGAUCAAUGGGUAUAACAUCGAGUUAUAUGUUCCAAAGCAGUGAUAGUAGCGAGUGCCAGACGACAGUGAUUGCUCGUGAUGAGGAUAGUCAUUUCAAACAGGUUGUGCGUAGUCUGAAGGAAGAGAGGGAAAGAGACCAGACAGAGAGAGAGGGAGAUUCAAGCAUUCCUGUAGCUCUAGGGACCAAUGAACCGGAUCUUCAGAAAAAGUUAGAUGACAUACCUCCGUUGAUUAGAGCGUCCGAUCCCAGGGGCGGUGCUGUUGUUGGACAAGACGCAGACAACAACUCAUCGCUGUUGAGUCGGGUGAAUCUCAGUAUGGAUGAGCAACCAGGUGUGGAGGCCAUCGUUAAUGGUUUACCAGGGACUGGUAGCGGGACAUCUUCUGAAAAGUCACUCAGUCGGGAUGAUACUGGUGUUAAUUCAGCUGCACGUCGCAGACGGCGAAAUGAAUCUGGUAGUUCAAAAUCUAGUAGUGCCUAUGAUGAUGACAAUUUGAGUGAAUAUCGUGAGCUGCCUGCUGCUGGUCAGAGUAAGGUUCUCGGGAAGGCUCUUGAUGUCUUGAAAGAUGUCGCUGAAUCCAAUAAUGAAAGAUUAGACAAUGGUGUUGUUGAACAAAGUAAAGAAAAUCUUGAUCGUCAAAUGUUUCUUUCUGGUGAUAGCAAUCUAAUGUGUACUGCCAGCACAGACAUUAUGCAGUAUAUGAAGACAUCAGUCGGUACAAUGGCUAGUUCUACAAAUACUCUCCAGGGGAGCCCCUGUCAGCCUGAUGAGGAUGCUAGGACUCUCACAAAUGCAUCUGUGGGUGUGUCUGCCCAUGUGUCACGGGCAGACACUGGUACUUUACCUUUUAAUGUUGUUCAAAUAGCUGGUGUAGAAACUGGCGAAUCUUCAACAGAUCCGGCAGGAAAAACGCAUGGAGCUGUGCAGGAUGAGUCAGUGCAGAUUGGUUAUGGAGGAGUUUCGUCACGUCGAGGAAAGCAGGAUCACUUGCAACGCUACCUUCAGCAGUUGAGUCAGCAGCCGACGAUGAAUCCCAAUCAGAGAACGAGUGCAAACCUUGAGGAAUUAGGUACACAAGUGACAGAGAUGUCCAUCACUACAGAUAUGAACACUGUCAGGCCAUUUUCUUGCAACUUUGAAGUCAAUGCUACCAUGCCUGAGGAAGAUCUUUUGCAGUACCAGGCAUCACAUUUUGAAGAAAUGCGCAAACGCUUAGAGUUGCAACAACGUCAACAAUUGAAUCAGCUUCUAUGGGAACAACAAAAUGAACAGUUAAUGCUUCAGCAGGAUUUGUUAGAUCAAGAGGAGCGUGUUCGUCGUGCACAGCGUAAACUCCUUGAGCAACAAACUGGGUCUUUGCCAUCGGGGUUGCAGCAGAUAACCCAGGGGUCACCUGUUCCACAUUACGAGAGCAGCAGCGAGGAUGAGUUUUCACAACGAAGUCCAUACAUAAGGAGUGAUGAGUCGAAAAGUGUUGAUGUUAAUAGCGGGCAUUCUCAAGAGAUCGAUCCACUUGCUGAUCGAAGUGAGAUGAUGCGGCAGUCUGAGCCAGCAUACCUCCAUGGCCAUGGGCAGACGUCCCCAGUCUUGCGACGAAGACCAAUCAUCAAAGUGCCAGAAAAGCCACAGGAUAAAAAUAAGAGACUGAAAUCACCACAGCGGGUAAUCUUGGUGGUUAAUGAAAAACACUGCAUGGCCCUUGCCCCAGAGAUGAAACCAAAGUUUGACCGGAUAUCAGCCUGUGUGAAAGGUUACUUAACAAGACGACUGCUGAGAACUGAAAAGGUUCAGGAUCUUAUCAAAACCAUCAAGGAUACUGCUGAGUUUGCUAUAAGCUUCCAGUCUGAGACACCUAUCAAAAAAGGCAUUUAUUCUGUGCAGGACAUCACUCUGCAAGAACGGGUCAUAGCGCAGCUGCGGGCAGCUUUGUUAGAGAUCCAUGAGAUUUUCUUUGACCUUCCCCUACCACAACGUCUUGCUGUCAUCACUCACUCACGGCAACUCGAGGAGGAGAGGCGGCUAAAAGAAAUGCUGCUACGACGACAGGGUAAUCGACGUAGCGGUAAUUUUAGCAGUAUCCCUGUAAAACACAAGCAAGAAGAAAGGAAGAUUAGUGCUGCUACUGUUAAAAUGAUGGAGAGAAAGAAAAAGGCGAAAAGUGCAGAGGACACAGUGUUCAAUUACGCACAGCAAGCAAGACCAAAGACGGCACCCCCUGAUCAAAAACGGCUCAAGACUUUAGAUAUCAGCGGGCCACUACGACGUCAGUUUCAAUCUAUUUUCAAUAGGGCUCUGCGACCAAUUCAAGGACAGACAAGCCCGGUUAAACCGGUGAAGGAAGAGAUAGUAAAGUCUCUGUCUGUUGACCGACCCAAGACGGCACCGGCAAAGCCUACUCUGCAUAGGGAAACAUCAUUGAAGUCUAAGAGGACAGACGUCUCUUCAGGAACCAGGAAAACUGCAACUAAAACGACCACUCAAGCAAGCAAGGCCAAGUACUCAAACACAGCUAAGACAACAUCAGUUGUCAACAACAAACUCAGGAGGUAGAAUAAGUGUAGAGAUGACAAUGAAAACUAUUUUGUUGGAUAAGAGCAAGGAGUUGAGAAGAAAAAGAAAACCGACACACAGCAUUUAAUAGAUUAGAAAUUCGUAAUAUAGUCCUAUUACAUGUAGAUUAGUCUAGAUCACUGCAGGUAGUUUUUGAUUAAAGGGACCACUUGGGUGUGGGAUUUAAGUGGCCAGGAGGAUAAUGCAUCUUCUCACCACCAUGCACCGCCUCAUGUAGCCUUGUAUUGUGCCUUUAAUUUUCCUGCUGAUUUGUAAUAGUACAUUCGUGAUGUACUGCCAUGUUGAGUAUUUGUAAACCCUUGAGGGAAGUAAGAUAAGAAAUACGAUAUAUGCCAAAGGUUUUUGCUGGCAUUUGUAGUUUGCUUGGUACUUGACAUUGUUUUGAUCAUACUGGACAUUACAAUUAUAGCUAGGCUUUUUGUAAAUAGAAAAACUUGGUCCUGUUAAUUGUGAUAGUGGUUUCUUGUGCUUCCUAUGAAAUAAUGUUUAUAGUAAUCCUUCCAGUCAUUGCUCUUCCCAAACCACUGGCCAGGAAGUUGACUUAAUGGUACUUUGUUGAUAUAUGUUAUGCAGUAUCCUGGUCAAUUAGGUGCAUAUCACUUCUGAAAACUGGUAUGUGUAGUGGGAUAAACAUGUACAUCUGCACACGCCUUUCACUGUUCUUGUGUCCACUUUUCCCGUGUAAGAGAAACUGCAUUCAAAGAGGAGUAUGCGUUGAUUUCGUGGAAGAUAAUGCUGACACCUUUGAAGUCUUAUGGGCUCAUGACUGGGUUUACAGUACUUAAAAAUUGAUUGGCUAUAUCUGAAUUAAAAAUUGGAGCUUGGUUGACUUACUCAGUUGCAGCUGGUCUGCAUGGCUAUAAUUUACUUACUCUUGUUAACCUUUGUAUAUAAUAUUGAACACUCGUUGUGUUUCUUUGUUAAAUGCUGAUGAAAUAUGUUAGUCCUGACCGGAGUAUAUCAAGGGCUUGGAUGCUAAUUACUUCAGUAAUUAUGUGCUGGCCCAAGUGUCUGUUUAUUUCACAUGGGAAUGUUUACAAUUUGGUGCCUUUGCACAAUUUCUUCUCUUUCAUUUGACAUCAUUCUGUUUUUUCACACCAUUUAUUGAUGGCACAAAACUUGAAUCGAGGGUUGGACGUAAUGAUACAAAUGUGUCACAUAAUAGCUGGCAUUCUUGAAUUUUGCGCAAUAAAGUAUAAUAGAGGUCUUCUGCAGACCAAAUGGUUUCUCUGAUAUCCAUUUGAAGGCAUGACCAUGACCAACUCGGCCUUUUGGUGUAUGGGUUUCCUUUCGGCUAACUUGCAAAUUUGUUAGUUGCAGCAAUUCUUAUUUUUUUGUCCAUCAUUGUCACAUUUUUGAGAUGUAAACAAUUGGUUUUCUUUGUGUAAAUAAGUCGCUUGUCACCAUUCCAAUUGCAUCGACUCAUUGCAGGUGAAU